AGGAGGGUAGGUGGGGGAAGUGAACGCGCGAGGGAGCGAAGUGAGGCAGAGCUCAUUCAGUCGGAUUGUUGAGCACCGGAGCUCCACGGAUUACUGUGAUAGAAAUCCGUCUGUUUGGUUUCUGCUGCUGCGCUCGCUCAUGCCCUGGACACACUGAAGGCUUGGCUUUUCAGCGGUCGAACAUCUCUGAAGCGGAUGCGCGAGACUCAGAGAAGGGAAAAGAAGAGACUGAACUUAUUUCCCAAUAACUCCGUGAUUGAAAAUAAAGAACGAGGGCGAGGGGGAAGUGGGGAGCGGUGUCAAGGAGUGCCGGCAUCAUGCCUAAGCAAGUGGAGGUGAGGAUGCAUGAGAGUCAUCUGGAGCCCAUCGAGGCCAGGCCCAGGAACAAGUGUAUCAGCUGCUUCUCUUCUCUCUUCAAGAACCUGCUGCUCACACUCACCGUGCUCGGUGUGAUUCUGGGGGCUGUGUCUGGGAUGCUGCUUCGUUAUGCCUCUCCCAUCCACCCAGACAUCGUCAUGGUGAUUGCCUUCCCUGGAGACAUCCUGAUGAGGAUGCUGAAGAUGUUAAUCCUGCCUCUCAUCAUCUCCAGUUUAAUCACAGGUCUGGCUGGUCUAGAUGCCAAGUCUAGCGGUCGCCUGGGAACAAGGGCUAUGGUCUACUACAUGUCCACCACGGUGAUUGCUGCCGUGCUGGGAGUCAUCCUGGUGCUGGCCAUCCACCCUGGAGACCCCAAGAUGAAGGAGCAGCUGGGAGAUGGCCAAAAACACGACGAUGUGUCCAGCCUGGAUGCCUUCUUUGACCUCAUCAGGAACCUGUUUCCUGAGAACCUGGUGCAGGCCUGCUUCCAACAGAUCCAGACAGUCACUAAGAAGGUGGAGAAGGUGAUUGAGGAGGACGUCAAUGCCACGACCACCCUGGAGGGCCUCCUGUCCAACGCCACCAAGGAACCUGAGUUCAUCAUCAAGAAGUCCCUCCAGUUCAAGAGUGGCAUGAACGUGUUAGGUGUGAUUGGCUUCUUCAUUGCCUUUGGCAUUUGCAUGGGGAAGAUGGGAGAGAGAGCCAAGCUCAUGCUGGAGUUCUUUAACAUCCUCAAUGAGAUUGUUAUGAACCUGGUCAUCAUGAUCAUGUGGUACUCUCCCUUCGGUAUCUGCUGCCUGAUCUGUGGUAAGAUCAUCUCCAUCGAUGACCUGGAGGUGGUUGCUAGGCAGCUGGGGAUGUACAUGGUGACUGUAAUUGUGGGCUUGAUCAUACACGGAGCCAUCUUCCUGCCCGCCAUCUACUUUGCCAUUGUCAGGAAAAACCCCUACACCUUCUUCAUGGGCAUCUUCCAGGCCUGGAUCACUGCCCUAGGGACAGCCUCCAGUGCUGGGACACUGCCUGUCACCUUCCGUUGCCUGGAGGAGAAUUUGGGCAUCGAUAAGAGAGUCACCCGUUUCGUGCUCCCCGUCGGCGCCACCAUCAACAUGGACGGAACCGCCCUCUAUGAGGCCGUGGCGGCCAUCUUUAUUGCCCAGAUGAACAACAUCUACCUGGAUGCUGGUCAGAUCGUCACUGUCAGUCUGACAGCCACCCUGGCCAGUGUUGGUGCGGCCAGUAUUCCCAGUGCUGGACUGGUGACUAUGCUUCUGAUCCUCACUGCAGUGGGCCUGCCAACUCAGGACAUCAGCCUGCUGGUUGCUGUUGACUGGCUCCUGGACCGGUUCCGUACCUCGGUGAACGUGGUGGGAGACUCGUACGGCGCGGGCAUCGUGUACCACCUGUCCAAGGCUGAGCUAGACGAGCUGGACGCUACACAUGGCAAGUCAGAUGACAUCGAGAUGAUGAACAAGACCUCGUCCUACUACGAUGACCUCAAGAACCACCACGAAAACAACUCCAACCAGUGCGUCCAGUAUGCAGCUCACAAUUCAGUCGUGGUAGAUGAGUGCAAGGUAACAUCGGCCACUAAUGGCUCUACUGCUGCGGCGGCCAUGGCGGAGUGCAUGCUUGUUGAGGAGGAACCCCAGAAACGUGAUUAAAGCCAGCACACAGAUCCUCAGCUCCACACGCUUUCGUAUCUGGUGAAAAGAAAGAGUGAACAAAAAAAAAAGAGUCAUGCGAACAGAACUACUAACUGUCUUUGUAGUUUUAUUUCUUUUUUUUAUUAGUCCCUUUACGGUGUUUCUAACUGUCUAUCUGACUGACUAAGAGGACUAAUACUAAUUCACUUAUCGGUGAGAUGAUAACAAAGGUCUGUUUUACCUGUUAGAGCACUAAUGUGUGUUUCGUAGCAAAUUCUUGCACAACGGACAUCAAGGCUUGAGAGGGAGGGUGGGAAGAGAAAAAAAACUGUUACUUAAAUUAUUCCUAGAAAUAUAUGCAUCCUGUAUCUAUAAGAUUACUGCAUUCAAAGCAGGGGGAGGGUCAGAGUUUGGGGGAGUAACAAUGGAACAACAGUCCUCCAGAGUGUAAUGGUAGCUGUGAGUUUGGUAUUGGCAAUCUGGCAGUCUAACAACAGACGAUGUGUGGACGAUAAGAGUGUAAGUCAUGCUAGACUGAAGAAAUGCCUGUAUCAAACUUCACAUUAUUACAAGCAUGGCAUUACUAUUACCAAUGAUACCACAGUAGGCAGCUGUUGACCCCUGGCCCCUUUUACCUCCAAAUGAACCUUUGACCUAUAUCUGACAGAGCCCAUGUGACCUAUCUGAGUGUCUUUAUUACCUGAUAUUACCCACAAUCCCCUGGGGGAAUUAGUGUGGUGAUACUGUAGAAUACAGAGACACAGACCUAUAAGGGCAGGGUCUGCAGUCUGAGCCUUACUCCACAAGCACAUGUUCUCUGGAAUUCAAAAGCACAAAACACAUAAGAAACAUGGAACCUCUUCUCCCUUUUUUAUUGUAAUACAUUAUUUUUUCUACUGUAAGGGAAAGGGACUUUUUAAAUGUAAUCUCUAGUGUGAGAUUACAUACUGUAUCUGUGUGAUUUGUGUGUGAGUGUGUGUAUGUGUGGAUGGGUUGGGGGUGAAAACAUGACAUAUCUCCCCAGUUACUAAUAGGGACCAAACAGGCAUAUAAUCAAUCAAGGCAGAAGCCUUUGAAACGCCUCCAUGGGGUUUCUUACUCUGUACACAAUCCAUUUGUAGCUAACUCCAAGAGAAGGUGUCUCAUUACUCAUUUCAACUCCUACAAAUUAUAUACUACGAAGUGUAUAAAGAUCACUUCACGCAAUUACUGCAACGACUCAAACUGAAAAGUAAAGGUGAAAUUUGUCCCCAGAUACAAAUAUAUCAAUAGCUUCAGUUCAGGGCCGUUUUUCAUAUUAAUUAGUCAAAGUACUACAGUGUUGGAGGUAUUUAUCGUACCCCUCUCCCAUACACUGAAGCUAUCAAUUUGAUUAUCUGAGGCCAAAAAUAAUGAGAACCAAGUGUUAAUUGUGAAGGAUCUAGGAAGAUAUCUAGAACCAUGAUUAAUAUGACAAGUAAAGCACAAAUGAAGUUGGAGCUACUUUCACCAAGCCCUCAACAUGUUUACCUGCUCAUGAAAGAAAAUAGGACAUUGACAAUUGCCUUUAUAUAGCACAACUUGAAUAUGAAAGCUUUGACUUUGAACACAUCGACUGUUUACCACCUUGAAUUUGUUUUGUAUAUCUUGCACUCAUAUGACAGAGAUAAAGUUCCCAUUUACAACUAUUCCUAAGUAAGCUACUUUAAUUAAGGGAUUCUUGUUAGGAACAGCACACAAAAACGUGUCAAUUUUUCUAACUUUACCAUUCCAUUGACUCCAAUUUUCUUGGCUUCCCUUAGUGCCUGAAAGUACAAACACACAUAUCUUAGCAAAGAUGCUACAGAACAACCACAGAACUAGAAAAAAAAGUAAUAAGACUGCAAAUUUCAACAGGUUGAUAACUCACUGCACAACUAGUGGCCAGUUGGCAGUAUUACAUCCCAACUAUUUUUAUCCACCCCAAGAGUUGGGUCUCCUUUGUGAGUAAACAACUCUAACCUCUUACCACAGACGAUGACGACUGUUCUCCGAGACCCUAGAUGCUGCAGCUGUGUGUAUCAUCGUCUCAUAUGGUUACUACUGUAAAGCAGUCAUCUGGGUGCCUGAAAAUGGCCACUAUAAACAUGGCAACAAUCAGGUAGGAGAAUUAUAUCCCCCUAAUGGAACCAAACUGGCUAAAAAGAGAAACCCACACAAAAUUAGAUCACUAGCUGCUAAUCUUUAAUGCACGUAUGUGAUUGUGAGAGAGACGUUUUGUGCAGGUGAGGCAUUCUGCAGGUGUGGAUGUCAUUUCUUUUUCUGUGUUGUGUCCUGCUCUAUUGUCUAGUUUGUUCAUUUGACAACCUUCAAUGACAACCUUGCCUUGAAGAUGUUAACUCCAAAUUGUGCGGUCAGUUUGACUGUCAUGACAAUGCUGAUUAAAAUAACACUAAAAAACUUAACAAGCAUUCAUAGUGCAGUACACAGUCCUUUAGUUACCUGAAACACUUUCUCAGUCAGAAGAUCAAUGACAUGUUGUUUUUUUGUGCUUCUCUACACCACAACACACAAUGGUGUUCUGCUGUAAGAGCUGCAUGGACACUGCCAUCACACACAGACACAACACACAGACACACACACACACCCAUGCCCGCACACACACAUAUGCACACACACGCAUGCAUGCACACUCGCACACAACACAUACACACAUCCGACCCAUGCAUGCACAUACAUACACACUUUAACCUGGAAGGUCACCACACACAGGAGAGGAUGCAGACCAGUGUGUCACCAUAGGGAUUGAGUGUUGGAACACUAUUAUGUUCAAACUCACUGUUGUAGAAGCAUGAAGUGAAAAAUGAUGAUAUUUGUUUUGCACCACUAUCUUAAAAGCAUGAUAUUGAAGUGCCUCCUUGCACUUUGUGUACAUAUUGAAGGUAACAUAUAUUUUGUUUCUUUGUUUUAUUUUGGGGGGGUGGGGGGGGGGGGAGUUGACAUGGUAUGUAGGAAUAGAGAUUAAUUGCUGUGACAGUUUUUUUGUAAUCCUCUAGAGAAAUAUCAUCUAUGUUCUGAAUAAAAAUAGAUUAGUCAAAAUGUAUAGGAAAUAAUGUGUAAUAAAUUGCAUUGUAUUUGUUAAUAGCUGUUAACUAGUUGUCUCACUUAGCUGUCACACAUCAAUAUAUACAUAUCUUUUUUUGUAUCUAAUGUAAGCGUUUUGAAUGUUUGUUCUAUGGAGAUAUAAGUAGUGUACAUUCAUUUUCAUUGUACAUAUAUAUAAUUACUCUGUUCAAUGGCACUGCAGAAUGUUCCAGAGAUUACAAUGAUUCUGAUGCAAACAAUGUUGAACUGGAAAGACAAAUAGAAAGAGGAGGGAUACUAUCGGAUUAAAGAAGGGAGUCUAUAUGGGGUGAUGUGCUGUUUCUAAGUUGGCGAGAUGUGGAUGUUAUCAUGGUUUCCAGAGGAAGAGGAAAAGGUCAAAUGUACCCUGUAUGUAUUAUUAACUAAUGAAACAAGCACAGUUUAGCUAUUAUUUUAGUUCAUUAUGACUAAAAUAGCAAAUCUGAUCAGAAUGUCUGGCCUAGUACCUGACAAAAUAUAUCUCCUCAGGUGGUCACCCAGAUCCUGGUCCAGGAAUCAUCUAGACUUCCUACCAGAGAACACCACACUCAUCGUUAGUGUCCGCCAUCUUGUCUUGUGCUUUAUGCAUAAUGCUGUGGUAACUACAAGACAUAAAUAUUUACACCAAACAGUCAUAGUUCAUGUUUAUAUUCUUCCUCACAGUUAAAGACGGUUACUGUAAUGAUCCCAAGUGCCAUAUCCAUACACCAGCCUCUGUCUAACCAGAACUAUCAACCCAACCAGCACCAUUUCAUAAACCCAUCCAGACACAUAUUGGUCAAUUAGCCUUUUUGCCUUUCUUCAUUUCCAUCACAAUUGUUUGCACACACACAAACAAAUCCAAUAUUGAGUAAAGAGGAUGUUCAAAUGGAAAUGGGUUGUCACAGUAUUUCUAAGAUGAGCCAGUAGAUCUUCAAGUCUGUAUUCUACAGAAGUCUUUGUCUUUCUGAUAGGCUCCUCCUGAGUAGACCUGAUUACCUUUCUCACUCCUGCCCUACCUUUCGCUCCCUCUCUUACUUUUCCCUUCUUUGUAAAGCUGUUGUUGUAAUGUUGAUGUAAAGCGAGAGAGUAUGUGUGGGAGACACAAUAUUACAAAAUAAAGACAAAAAAUAUAUGAAUUAUUUUCUUUACCAGAUCUGUGGUAUAAAGUAUGUUCAUACAUAUCAAUAAGUGUUGUACCAUUGGUGUACAUAUGAUUAUGAUAACUAAUAAAUGUUGAUUCAUAACUAAA